AGCACUUGCAAAUGUACUCUCUCAUAAGCUCAACCCCCUCCCUCCUCCCUCUCUGCCAAAAAAAGGAACAGUAAUAGGGAAUAGAUUAACAGCAACAACAACAAUUACAGCAAAUAGAAAAAGAAAAUGGCAACAAACACAAAACUUAAGUGAAUACAUGUGAUCUAUGUUCUUGUAGGUAUAUGGAUUUCUUUCCUGAUGUUACCAACAAGAGCAAUACCAUCUUGUUUGAGAAGAGCGCAAAUUAUUUUGACAGCAAAGUAACACCAUUGAGGGCUCAUGCUCUGCUGCCAAAAGCUAAGAUCAUCACUAUUUUUUUCAAUCCAGUAAAGAGAGCUUACUCUUGGUACCAAGUAAGUUUGCUAUGAUAGCUGUAUAGGGUAUGACGUGUGAUGAUAUAAUUCAGUACAAGUUACAUCAGAGCUUCUCUUUAUCAUUAUUUUAUUUUUCUAGCUUUUGUCAAUUGUUGGCAUGGUAACUGUAACAAGCCAGUCAACUAUGGGACUAUAAAGGACCCCACCCCCAUGAGAAAUGGACCACACCACCAGGUUCACCUCCCUUAGUGUUUUUUAACAACAGCAUGGGUUCUUUCAUUGGUGUGGCAAAAACUCAGACCCUUAAAAUCUGUUGUGAAAUAACCCCUUUUCAUGCUCAAAGAUCAAUAACUUGGAAGAAUUUAGGGGGCCACCGAUAACAAGUUUGACAUGCUGGUCACCACUUGGCCACGCUGGCUACCUAGUGUCAAUUUCAUGGCAGUUAACUGCAGCUAAGUACUGAAUACUCAGUUCUGACGGAUAUAUAAAUUUAGGGGGGGGGGGAUCCAGACCCCUCCUAAAUCCUCUCCUCCCCCCUCCCCCCCCACACACACACUCUGGAUCUGCCACUGCCUUCUUCAUAAUUUACUGCUUCUUAGACCCGUUCCACUAUAUUUUUGUUUCUUUUAGCACAUGAAAAGUCACGGCCUGGCUGCAGCACAAAUUCCAUUCUAUAAAGUUUUGACAAGUGUAAAUACCACAGAGAAAAGGGAAGUCAGAGCUCUUGGUCAAAGAUGUUUAACACCUGGAUUGUAUGCUGAGCAUUUAGAGAGAUGGUUGUCGUACUACUCACCUUCCCAGGUAACUAUACUGUACCGAAUUUUGUUUCUUCACGAAAGUAAGCGAGGCUUCCAAAAGCCUAGUGUGUACUUAACGAUUCUUUAAAACAGAACAGUCAAGCGACAAGCUCAUUAGAUUUUUCGACUCGACUCUUGAUUCUUCAAAUUGAGACUCAAUUUAUUCUCAAGGCUCGAUUCUCUGAAGUUUUGAGAUUCGAGAAUUGAGUCUUGAGUCAAGAGGAGCGAGAGGCUAGUGAGUGUCGACUUAUUACUUUUGAGUGGUAUUGUACUGCACACGUGUUUAAAUCCUUUUACUCCUAACUGAGUGGCCAAAGUAAAAAUUGCCCCUAAAUUUCAAAUUUCCUUUUUAAUGUAAAAUUGUAAGAAUUAAUGUAGUACUAAGCAAAAUUUUUGCAGAAAAGGUUUCCACCAUAGGAUUUCCUCCACUGAUUUGAAAAGUAAGAUUGACAGAACUUCUUAUAACUUGGUCCAGGGGUUAAGUGGGCUGAGAUUUAUAAUAAGCUUUCAUAAUGGACACCUUGCAUAAAAGCCAUUUACAGUGUGAAUUUCAUACCAGCUUUUAAUUAAAACAAUGACUGUUUUAUGUUUUUAGAUUCUUAUCCUUGAUGGUGAUAAACUAAGGAAUCGUCCUGCAGAUGUAAUGCUGGAGGUGCAAAGGUUUCUUGGUGUUAGUGUGUAUGAUUACAACAAACGACUUAGGUAUGUCUGUUAACACUGUUAAUAAUUAUUUUUUAAAUUAUAUUUUCCAUUACAUUUUAAAGUCCUGCCUUGUCAAAUGGAUGUUAUUCUUGAUCUUCUCCCUACCCCUCCCCCCAAAAUCUAGAUGUAGGAUUAAUUAUAGCUUGGCUAAAGAGUUGCACUUUUUAUCCUCCGUUAUAAGUGUUACUUUAAUGUCAAUUGUUUUCUUGUCAUAUUACUAUUAUUAGACAAGAUAUUUCAAAUGGGUUUCAAAUAUUAUUUUAUUCACUGCUCUUUCAGAUUUGACAAGCGCAAAGGAUUUUAUUGCCAGGUGACAUCUCAUGGUGGCACAAAUUGUCUUGGCAAAGGUAAAGGUCGGCACUAUGGGCCCAUGGAUGCAAAAUCUCAGCGUUUCUUAGAAAGUUAUUACAAGCAGCCAAACAAAAACCUUGUGGACUUGCUUCAGCAAUUAAAAAAACCUCUUCCAGAGUGGCUAAAACCGAAGAGAUAAUUAAGUCGAUAGCUAGUCAGAAUUUUAUCUUUUUCUCAAUCUCGUAAGAGAAGCAAUUUUCAAUUUUCUUAUGACUGAAGUUCUUAAAUGUUAUUUUUAAUGAUAAUGUCAGGAAACUCACAAAUAGCAGAGAAUGAGAAUUUAUAUGUGUAUGAUAAUAAGUGAUCUUUUCUUUACAAAUCGCAAAAGUUUUGAGGCCCACUGAUUAUUCCUCAGAGCAAAUAUAUACCUACCAAACUUAUCUAAACUUUUGAAAACUUACAAAAGAGUAACAAAUGUAUGCAUUUUAUGAGUAACAUUAAUAUUAUUACCGGUAUCCCAUUAUACCUGUAACUCUCAAAAUCUGACUAGUAAGUCUUCUUUCUGGCUGCUAUCAUGUCCUUAUACGUUAUUUAAGAGAAUUGAAAGGUAUAAUCAAGAUAACAUCCUCCAGCCGAUACAUUUGUCAAUUCUCGUCACCUCAGUCUGCAGGACAAUGUUUUGAUCUUACAAGGAAAAGUUACAUGCAGAUCACUUCUGAGAGUGCAUGUGAAAGGCUUAACUUUUGAAGCUAAACUGAUCCAGAAGGAAUUUAUAUUCAGUUUGUUGGUGGGAAAUUUUUUACAGCCAUUUAAUCCCCUUUAAACCCUAAGAGUGAUCAGCAUCAAAUUUCUCCUUGUAAUAUCAAUGCUUUGAAAAACAGAGUGGUCAUGAGAAUUACGGACAUGAUCACACAAGACGAAUUUGCUUGAUAUUUUAUCAACUUCUCCGCACUACUUCUGUAGAAAAUGAAUAGGGGCAACAAAUGAGAAUUCAAAUUUUGAUCUUGGGGUUUAAUAGGUUAAGGUAUGCGAGAUAUCUAUCCCUUUUUUCUUAACAUUAGUAUAUGACUCUAUGAUAUGCAUUAUAAAAUUAUAGUACUUGGGAAAAAUGACACUUGGUCUGAUUAGAGUUGAACAUAUAAAAAUAUAAUACACUUGAUAUAAAUACCCCUUUAUCACCUAGCCAGAAGGAAAAUGUUUACACUUUUUUUAACUCAAAACAAUAAAAUAAUGUUAGAAAUAAUGGAAUUAAGAUUAAUAUACUUUAAGCAGCUGAAAAUUAAGGUUAAAUCUAGC